UCCUCCGUCGAAAAGAUUCGCGCCGUCUACGACGCGUUUCUCGCGGAGUUCCCGCUCUGUUACGGGUACUGGAAGAAGUACGCGGACGCGGAGACGCGACUCGCGGGCGGGGCGAAGACCGGAGAGGUGUACGAGCGCGGCGUCGCCGCGGUGCCGUACAGCGUCGACCUGUGGACGCACUACUGCGCGCACGCGGUGGGCGCUCGCGCGGACGCGGAUCACGUCCGAGGGCUGUUCGAACGCGGCCUCGCGUACGUCGGGACGGACUGGCUGUCGCACCCGCUGUGGGAUGCGUACGUAGACUUCGAGCAGAACAGCGGGUGCGGGUCCCCGCGGCACGUCGCGGAGGUGUACACGCGCGUCCUUCAGGUUCCGAGCCGCGAGCUCGAUCGGUAUUGGACAAAGUUUUGCGAGUACGUCGAGGGGAGGAAAGCGGACGCGCUCGCGAGCGAGGACGAGCUCGCGAGCAUCGCCGCGGAGGUGCGCGCGAGCGCGCCGCCGGCGGCGGCCGCGACCGGCGCGGGCGGCGGCGACGCCGCGACCGGGAACGGCGCGGAGGAGGCGGCCGCGGCGGCGGCGGAGGCGGCGGCGACGGCGGACCCGGGGAAGGACGCGAAGACGAUCAAGUUCCGCGAGGCGCGCCGCGCGCUGUACGAGACCGCGAGCGCGCACCGCGCGAUCCGCGAGCCGUUCGAGCUCCUCAUCAAGCGGCCGUACUUCCACGUCAAGCCGCUCGACGACGCGCAGGUUGCGAACUGGGAGCGGUACCUCUCGCACGAGGAAUCCGUCGGCGACGCCGCGAGCGUCGUGCGACUGUACGAACGGUGCCUCAUCCCGUGCGCGUCGUACCCCGCGCUGUGGCUGCGGUACGCGUCGCGGACGGAGCGCGACCAGGGCGUGGAGCCCGCGCGAGCGGUGCUGCAGCGCGCGACCAGGGUGUUCGUGAAGCGCGAGCUCGACGCGCACUUGGCGCUCGCGGCGUUUGAAGAGCGCGCCGGCGACGUCGCCGCCGCGAGGGAGGCGCACGCGCGGAUCACCGAAGAGGUCGCGCCGGGGAGCAUCCGCGCCGCGGUCGCGCACGCCAACUUCGAGAGGCGGGUGGGGCGCGCGGAGGACGCCAAGGCGGUGUACGAGCGCGCGAUGGCGGUCGAGCGCAGUAAGGAGGGCGCGGAGACGCCGACGUACGGGUGUUUAGUGAACCAGUACGCCGCGUUCGUCGCGGAGGCGCUGGGCGACCCCGCGGGCGCGCGAGACGUGUAC